AAAGCCCUUUUUCUUUCUCCCGAGCGACUGCCUCGGUGCCCCAAACUACACAUUUUUUUGGGUGAAAAUUUGCCCCCUUUAUAACUAACUAGGGUUCACAUCUCUUCGUUUUUUCCUCCCCUGCAAAGAGCCUUUCCAUCUAGUGGGAUCUACGUCCUCAUAUACUAAAGAAUCCUAUCAAAGACUGUGAUAGUGCUGCAGCCAUGUACGGGCACAGAGGGUCAUAUUUUGGGAGCGGGGGGGUUUCGGACGGGUACGGGAUCGGUUCAAAGCGGCCAAGAUUGAUGGACUCGAAUCCCUACUUUACAGUUAACAACAGCAGCAGCAGCAGCUCCAGUGUAUACCACUCGAAUCCUUACGCGCGAACCUUCCCCCAUCACCUGCCACACACUUUCCCAGCUGUUCGCCUUCGUGGCCUCCCUUUCAACUGCUCAGACCUCGACAUUUUCAAGUUUUUCGCUGGCCUCGACAUUGUAGAUGUCUUCCUAGUGUCUCGAGAGGGCAGGUUCUCGGGCGAGGCCUUUGUGGUGUUUGCAAGCCCGAUGCAGGCUGAGAUGGCGCUCGGCCGAGACAGGCAGAACAUGGGCAGAAGGUACGUGGAGGUUUUCCCGUGCAAGAAGCAGGACUAUUACAAUGCCAUAGCUGCAGAGGUUAGUGAAGGGGGUUACGGGAGUUUGGACUCUUCGUCUCCUGUUAUCAGGGGUAGUAGUAAUCGAAGGUCGCCUGAUAAGGACGAGAUGGAGUAUACGGAGGUUUUGAAAAUGAGGGGGCUUCCUUACUCGGUGAGGAAAUCGGAGAUUGUGAGGUUCUUUGGGGAGUUUGGGGUGAAAGAGGAGAAGGUGCAGAUUGCGUGCAGGCCGGAUGGGAAGGCGACUGGGGAGGCGUACGUGGAGUUUGGCUCGGCUCAGGAGGCGAGGAGGGCGAUGUGCAAGGAUAGGAUGAUGAUUGGGUCGAGGUAUGUGGAGCUUUUUCCAUCGACGCCUGAUGAAGCUAGAAUGGCUGCAUCAAGAUCACGACAUUAGAUUUGAGGGUAUUGUGCUUUCAAUUUAUCUCUGCUUUUCUUUGUUUUUCUGUUGUUCAAAGUUUGGGUCUUGGGUGCGCGAGUUUUUCUGGGAACGAGAUGUGUGUGGAGUUUGUUUGUGGAGGGAUUUGGGUGUUUGAAAAUUGGAGACACAGUNUUGUGGAUCUAGUAAUUUUUU